AGCCCUAAACCCUCGCGACGACUCAACCCUCCUUCCUCUGUGAGAACCUUUCCGCCAUUUCCAAGCACAAACUCUCCCUCUCUCUCUCUCUCUCUCUCUCUAUAUAUAUAUAUAUAUAUAUAUAUAUCCGUAUGUGUGUAUAUAUAUUUCUACGCAACGAUUUGAUAAAUACCAAAACCCAUCCUUUUGGGGUUAAAACCUUCUGUUGGUUUUGAAAUGAAAGCUCUGAACGGUUAAAACCUUUCUGGGUUUUUCGAAAUGAAAGCACUGAGAUCGCUUAGAACACUCGCCCUCCUUCCUUCUCCUUCCAAACCCCCCAGAACCCAUCUCAAUUCACCCCUUCUUCACCGCUUAUACGCUGCCCCUCACCAAAACGACGCCGUUGCCACCACCUCAGAUGACGAGAGUGGUGAAAAUACAUUUGACAGUACCCAAUACACAUUACCCAACAAGGGUUUUGAUUCAGUAACUUCAAAUCCGACUUGGGAUGAGAAGUAUAGGGAGAAAGCGGAUCGAGCGGUAUUCGGAGAGGAAACCAACGUUAGGAAUUUGGUGAAGGAAGAGGAGAGGAAGCGACGGGCGGCUGCGCUUGCCAGGGCUUUGCUUGAGGCGGCGUUAGACCGGCCGGAUGAGGACAAGGAGGAAGAGGAGGAGGGGGAUUUGGUGGUGAAGGAAGAGGAUCAGAAGUCAUUGUCUGUUGGCAUCAUCGGAGCGCCCAAUGCGGGGAAGUCAGCCUUGACUAAUUACAUGGUUGGGACAAAGGUUGCUGCUGUUUCUCGCAAGACACACACAACUACUCAUGAAGUAUUAGGAGUGGUGACGAAAGGAAAUACCCAAAUUUGUUUUUUUGACACUCCAGGAAUUACUCAACGGAGGAUAGGUUAUGCUUAUAAGGAGGACAUCAAAGUUCGUGUUGAAAGUGCAUGGAGUUCUGUUGACCUAUAUGAUGUGGUCGUAGUUAUAUUUGAUGUUCAUAGACACCUUAGCAGGCCAGAUGCAAGAGUGAUUACAUUGAUUAAACGUAUGGGCUCACUAGUGAACCCAAAACAGAAGCGAGUGCUAUGUAUGAAUAAGGUGGAUUUGGUUGAGAAGAAGAGAGACUUGUUGAAGGUGGCUGAGCAAUUCAAAGAUCUACCUGGAUAUGAAAGGUACUUCAUGAUCUCUGGGUUGAAAGGUUCUGGAGUAAAAGAUCUAACUCAAUAUCUGAUGGAGCAGGCCGUUAAAAGACCUUGGGAUGAAGAUCCCUUUACAAUGAGUGAAGAAGUUAUGAAAACCAUAUCUUUGGAAACCGUGCGCGAAAAGUUGCUGGACCAUAUACACCAGGAAAUCCCAUAUGACAUAGAACAUCGCUUGGUUGAUUGGAAGGAGUUACGAGAUGGUUCUCUUAGAGUCGAGCAACACUUGAUCACUCAAAAGAUGGGCCAGCGCAAGAUUCUUGUUGGGAAGAAUGGCUCUAAAAUAGGGAGGAUAGGCAUUGAAGCGAAUGAAGAGCUAAGAUCCAUAUUUAAGAGGAAUGUUCAUCUCAUUCUUCAGGUUAGAUUAAAAUGAUGCAGUUUUCUUGCAGUUGGCUAAUGAAGAAUAUGCCAUUUUCUACUACGUCAAUUUUUGUGUAUAUAAAAGACAUCUACUGUAUGUGUACUGUAUUUGUAUCUGAGCGGCUGACUUGCGAUGCUUCUCUUUGUGUACGUGAUUACCAGAUUGGUUAAGGGCUAUUUCCCUUUGUUUUGUUUUGUUUUUGUUUUGUAUUUGUUUUUUUCACAUUUCCCAUUGUUCGCUUUUUUGUAUUCUAUAAAAACGCACAGAAGAUAUAUGUUUACCCUCACAAUUUGUUGAAUCCUUCCAUUUUUCCA